UGGCCACGAUGCAUUUUUGACACUUCUCCGUCGUUACUCUCUAAUGUGCAGUCGCAUACAGCGCUGAGCCUCCUUGCUUCUUCCUUUUCGCACCGAUCAGCCAGUGUCGCACAAAGCGGGGUAUCUGAUGGCUUAUCUCUUCGUGUGGAGCGCCAUCGCAUGCGUGCUGUUGUACCAGGGCCUCACCACCUAUCAGCGCUUCAGGCGCAAUAUCGCAAUCGCCAAAGCCUCUAGCAUCGCCUAUGUUGUGCUACCGGUGCAUGUGUUCGGUGUGCCUUGGCUCGCAACCUACUAUCUCUGGAUCCCGAUAUUGAACAAACUUCCAGCCUCUUUCAAAGGACUAUGGCUCGAGCUCUUAGACCCCGAAUGGGCCCACAGGCUUGGCCACGAGCCUUUCGAGAAGAUAGGCUCGGAUGUCUUUCUCGCUGUGUCAUCGUCCAAGAUCAUGGCUUUUGUUGCCGACGCAGAGGUUGUGACGCAAAUCACCACGCGGCGGAAUGACUUCCCCAAGCCGCUUGAAAUGUACACUCGUCUCGACCUUUACGGUAAGAAUCUAGUGUCGACUGAAGGUGCAGACUGGCGUAUGCACAGAAAACUCACCGCGCCAAGCUUUGGAGAACGCAACAAUGAGCUUGUAUUUACCGAGACCUUACACCACACGAAUGCUCUGCUUCGAAUGUGGAGGCCAGAUGAGAAGCGCAGUAGGACCCUCACUGACCCUGGUAAUGAUACCAUGAGCUGGGCUCUCUAUAUCAUUAGCGGAGCAGGAUUCGACAUUCGAGUGACUUGGCCGCAUGAUGAGGGGAAGAAUGAAGUUGACAAGUCUGAUGGAGCCGAUAAUGGAUUCACAGGGUCUCAACCGCCGCCGGGGCAUACGAUGAACUACCGUGAGGCCCUCAGUGAGCUUCUUCACAACAUCAUGUGGACAUUCAUUGGCCCAGCGUCCGUACUGACAAAAUCGCCCGUCAAAGCCCACCGUAAAGUAGGGCAGGCCAUGUCCGAAUGGGGCAACUACAUGGACGAGAUCUUCCAACUCAAGAAGGACCAAGUAUCCUCCGGCCAAGGCGCGCACGGCAUGGACCUCUUCCGCGCUCUUAUCCGGAACUCUGGCAUAUUAGACGAAUCGCAGACCAACAUCCAGAAGUCCGACCUCCUCGGCAACGCUUUCGUCCUGAUGCUCGCCGGACACGAAACCACCGCCAACGCCCUCCACUACUCCCUUAUCUUCCUCGCCAUGCGCUGGUCCUCGCAGAAGAAACUGCAAGGCGACAUCGACGAGGUGAUCCAAGGCCGCCCCAUCGCCGACUGGAAGUACGAAGAGACCUUCCAGAGGCUCUUCAACGGCAUGCCUGCCGCCGUCAUGAAUGAAACCCUACGCAUCAUGACGCCCAUCAACAACAUCCCCAAGUCCACCGCGCCGGGCCGCCCGCAGCAGUUCUCCAUGCGUGGAGAGCAGUACACCAUGCCGGGCGGGACGCAAAUCUCGCUCUCCUGCGCCAUCCACAAGAAUCCGCGAUACUGGCCUGCGCCGCCCGGCGAGGAGGUCGUAAAUGGCAUCCCGGACGCGCAGCGUUUCCGCCCGGAGCGCUGGCUCAACAAAUCCCAAACCACCGACUCCUUCGCGGACAUUGCUUACGACGACGAAGAGCUGCGCGGCCCGUCCGGCGAAGACACAUCUGCGAACUUGUUCAGGCCGGUCAAGGGGUCGUACAUCCCGUUCAGCGACGGUUUCCGGUCGUGCAUUGGGCGGCGGUUCGCGCAGGUGGAGCUGCUGACUGCGUUUGCCGUCAUCUUCUCGCAGUACAGCGUUGAGCUUGCGGUGGACGAGUGGGCGAGCGAUGCGGAAGUGGAGGCAAUGGACGAGAAGGGGAGGGAGGCGGUGUGGAGGAAGGCGGCGGAUCGCGCGUGGUGGUUGCUUGAGAAGAAGACGGCGAGUAUUAUUACGCUACAGUUGAGGGGACACACGAUCCCGAUACGGCUGGUAAGGAGGGGGGAGGAGAGGCUGAAGUUUGAUUAUUGAAAUGUAUUGCACAUGGGGCUUUGGCUACGUAUAGUAGGGAUAUU